AUCAAUAUUUCCCUUGAUUUAUUCUAAUGAUCAUGAAUGACACAACUGGCAUCACCACUGCCGCUGCCCGACUUGUUGGAAUAACAGACGAAGCAGUACGAUUCUUCCAACAACUUGACCAUACUACGAACUCUGUUGCAAAACGUGUACAGCAGCUGGAGGCCUUUUCAAGAUUAGCCAAGGAGAUAGAGCUGAAACCUUCAGCUAAUGAUCACGAUGACGAAGAACAACUCGGUCUGACCAAACAGGUCUUACUUUACUGCUACAAACUCAUCAGCAGAAUUCUCUCUCAGCUUGAAUGGGUUGAUAAUGGGGGCAGACACGCUUCUACUCAGCAAGGACUACUUGGGGUCUACGCUGAGCUGAACAAUUGGGAAGUUAAGGAUCCUUUUGAAGAUCUGCAUAGGGAGCAGCUAUGUCUCGUAGCUUUUCGAAAAUCAAGGUUUAGACCACUCUCUUGGGCUUCAGAGUCUGACAGUCAUCCUUUACUAUAUUCUCACACUUUUAAAGCUCGCGAGCUGGAUUUCUUGAAUUUGUUGUUCGUCACAGACCCUAGAGAAGACCACGCAUCACUCGAGUCAAGCAGAGGAGCCAUUGUCAAAAGAACAUGUACUUGGAUUACUGAAACAUCUGAAUACCGAUCAUGGCUCUCAGGCUCUGGUGACCGCAGGGGUCUUUUGAUCCAGGGAGGCGAAGGUCACGGCAAGACUAUGUUGACGAUGUACCUAACCAAGCAACUGGAGCAGCUCGCUGCAUGCAUGUCAACCGACACAGUCUUAUACUUCUUCUGCAACCAUGGAAACAUCAACGCCAAUUCUGCCACGACUGUUCUUCGUGGACUGAUUUGGCAGCUUUGCAGGUUACGCCCAGACCUUUUGCAUCACGGGCUAAAGAGAGCUGUGUCGGUCGACGAAGGGAGAAUCGCGUUGGCAACCAAUUCGGUUGAGACUCUUUGGCAGAUAUUCAGCGCAAUGAUCCAGGAUCCUACCACGGGUACCGUCACAUGUGCUAUUGAUGGGCUUGAUGAAUGCGAUGAGUCGUCGAUCAAAACACUGGCGGAGAGGUUCUCGGAAUUGCUAUCUUCAACGAAUCAAGGUCGUCGAAACUUCCGGAUCCUUCUGACUAGCCGCCACCCAUGCCAGCAAGACAACUUUUCUACUGAGUUCUCAGUAAUAUGCCUAGACUCAGAUGCACACAAGCACAACGUUCAAGAUGUACAGCGAUUGAUCAAUUCUCAUGUUUCGAAUAUCGCACAUGAGCAUAACUGGUCUCGAGACUUCCAAGAACAGAUGAACAAGAGCCUCACAAAAAGGGCUGGUGGCUCGUUCCUCUGGGCGAGCUUAGCUGUUUCUGGACUUAAAGGGCAAGAUGAAGGUUCUGCAGCAAAGUAUCUUAACGAUCUUGCUGGAGACAACAACGCCAUCUACGAAAGAUCUCUCCUGGCCAUUCCACUAGAGUGUCGCCAAAAAGUACGGUCACUCUUGACUUGGGCGGCCCUAGCAUAUUAUCCCCUGAGCCUUGGGGAAUUAAGCACUCUUACCAGCGAUGAAUUUUCAACGCCAGAGGCUGCUUUUAUAAACCUGAAAGCUUGUUUGGGUUACUGCAGAACUCUUCUUACGACCAAGACCGAGAUAAGAAGAUUUGGCUCUGGAUAUGAAACCAUAGAAACCAUUCAGUUCUCCCACCGAUCAGUCAAAGAUCACCUGCUUCAACCUUAUGUUCUACGAACCGCAACCGACACCGAUGCUGACCUUGACUUCUUUCAAAUUAUCCCGGAUAACGGCCAUGAGAUUCUCGCUUCUCGCUGUUUGGAAAUUAUGGAGAAAGGACUUGAAGUAGAGGCUGAAAGGGAGAGUCCCGUUGAGUAUGCUCAUGUAUUACCUUAUGCCUCAAGGUUUUGGUUCAGACAUCUCCGAGAAUGUCCCGAAAAGCUUUGCAAUGAGACCUUGGAAAAAAGAGCGUUAAAUUUCCUAACGCGAAACCAUGAAAAUCGUAGACUCUGGUUUUCUUACCUCUCAAACCUGAGACACGGGCGAGAAGAUAUUCCCUCGACGGCAUCCGAGCAUCACGACACGAUUGGGGGACUUGAAGAGAUCAAUGGCAGUGAUGUUAUAUUCUUUGAACACCCAAAGGAUACAACUUCGGCAACUCAGCUCCAGGCCCUCCAAUUGGCAUGUCUGCUUGGUAUUACUGCCAUAGUUAGAAAGAUUCUUGCUAGCACAAGCUUGUUCACCUGUAUACGGCAAGCCAAUAUUCGCCCGCUUCACAGUUAUUCUCGAACAAGACCAAGGAGUGAGGAUCGAUUGAUGAAAGUCCAAAGAGGUGGAAUAUUACAACUAAGCACAGCGGAGAUCGUGGCAAUGACACCUAUUGAACUUGCGGUCCUCGGCGGUCACCACAAAGUCGCUUCGCUAUUGCUCGACCGCUAUCCUCGACGGAGCAUAUGGCAAGAUUCGUCAUUUGCUUUGGCUACUGCUGUUAGUCGCUGUGAUGAGAAUAUGGUCAGGUUACUGGUAGAGGGUGGUGCCCCAAGGAUCAGAGCCUCUCGACAGCUAGAAGGACCUAUCUGCACUGCUGUGGUCAAUCGAAGGCUUGAUGUGGUCAAGUUUCUUUGUUUCUCUGAAGCCGAGAUCUGGGCGCAACCGAAUUCCAAGUUAGGUGAAGUAACACAAGCUUUACUGUGUCUUUCCAGUGAUGCCGAUUCAAGCUCACUCGAUGGAACGGUCUUCAUCCAGUAUGCAAAGGUUUUACUUUGCGGAGGUGCAUCUCCAGAUGGCUUCAACCUGUAUGGAGAAAACCGUGGCUUGAGAUACUGGAAACGAGCCGUUAUGGAAUAUCUACACAGACAUGGCAUCACCCUGCAGAGUUUGGGACCAUAUCCCAACAGAGAGACCCCUCUGAUGGUAUUCGUCUCUUCAUUAGGUAUAAGCAGCUCACUGUCUGAACCAGUGGAGGCUGUUCAGUUCCUCUUGGGCUCUGGAGCAUCUAUCAACCAAACAGAUCUGAAAGGUUGGAGCGCAUUGCAUCACGUCGCCAACCAAAUUGCUCUGGGUAGAGCGAAGAAAAGUUACGAAGCUACAGAUGAUGCAGAAGAGUAUCAACUUUACAAAAUCGCGAAUCUUCUUAUUGCAGCUGGAAUCGAUCAAGAGAUGGAAGACAGAGAGAAGCGCAGAGCCGCUGAUAUCCUGCGCGUGGUGGGAGCGCCGAUUUGGAAUAGAAAUAUCUCGGAGUACGAAUCAUUUUUGAGAAGGGAGCCACUAAGUAGAAUGUCACUUACAUAGAC